CUUCACAUUUACACAACUCUAGACGUUUGCAGAAAAUGGUGCGUAUGACCAAACAGCAGAUUCAGUCAUACAAAGACAAUGGCUUCAUCAAGCUAUCCAAUAUUUACUCCGAGAAAGAGCUGCAAGAACUGUCGGAGGAAUACAACAGGAUCUUUUACAAGAAGAACAAUCCCGGCAUGGAGGCGGCCUGGCUCGGUGACGAUAUGAAGGCAGCCGUGAAGAAUAAGGAAUAUUCGGUGCACUCCAUCCACAACUUGCAGUACCACAGCGCGAUCUUCUCUCAUGCGCUGCACAACCCCAACCUGCUGGACUGUCUCGAGGACGUGAUGGGCACACCCAACAUCCUGCUGCACCACACCAAGGCGCACUACAAGCCGCCAAGGAAGGGAGCGCCGUAUCUUAUGCAUCAGGACUACCACUACUUCCCGUUCAAGAAGGACUCGAUGGUGGCGGUGUUCCUACACCUGGACAAGUCUACUCCGGAGAACGGCGGCCUCUGCGUGUAUCCAGGCUCGCACAAGCGAGGCCCGUUGAAGGAUGUCGGGGUUAUUGAGAAAGGAGACGCGUAUCAUUAUAUGGAUCAGAAAGAAUGGCCCAUCUCCGGCGCGACACCAAUCAACGCAGAAUUCGGCGACAUCGUUAUCUUCUCAUACCUCCUUGUCCACGGCAGUUACGAGAACCUGUCCGACCGCCCGCGCCGCAUGUUCCUCAUACAGCUCAUGUCUGCUGAAGAUGAGCCAGUGGAAGAUAUUCACAAGUCGCUAGGGCAAGGAUGGGUGCUGCGCGGAGCUAAUGAUAAUAAGAAGGCGUCGAUGGCCGAACGGUUCUUGCAUUGAGUUGGGUGUUUUGUUUGUUUGGUUGGACAGGGUUGUUUGGUUUUGUGA